CUCCUAACGAUAUUAAAAACAACACAGAGAGAAUACCCUGUACCCAGAGAGACGUGAGGGGAGAGUAACUCAGACACGGGACCGAGGACCGGUGAAAGAAAAAUGAACAACAUCAUGAAAGUAAUCUGGCUGUUUUUAAUUCUCUGUCACUUCAGCUGCCAUUCAUUUUCCUCUCAGGACUGUACCUGGGCAUCUGAGUUGACCUUUCAGGAUACAAAGAAUGCAAUUGAUAAAAUGAAUGAGAUAAAUGACUUGACCGGUAGAAUUGCAAAUUUGGAACAGCAGGUCGCUACUCUCCAAAAAUAUGUACCGCGCAUCAUUUUCCAUGCCAAAGUAUCCGAUGGCGUGAACCCACGUGGAGAAAGGCGCAUGGUCUAUGAUGCGGUUAUCGUGAACAAAGGUUCUGCCUACAACUCUGCAACUGGGGUCUUCACUGCCCCUUUAGCUGGGACCUACCUUUUCACCUACUCGCUGCUCGGGGGGCCAACCUCUGAGGUGCGCCUGGUAAAAAAUGAAGAAGACCUGAGUUACAUUCACACUAUCCUGAGCACAGGGGAAGCCCAAACAGGAUCUAUGCCAGUGAUACUGAACCUCGAAAGUGGUGACCAAAUCUGGGUCAAUCUCAUUGAGGGAAACACAUGGAGUGGACGAGGUGCCCUGAAUUUCCAGGGUAUCCUCCUGGAGGCCAGGUUGGAAUGAGCUCUGGGGCUUUGGCCAAAUUCAAUAACCUCUUCCCAAUAUGCCACUCCCCCCUCACUCCCCAUACCCUUUAAUAUCUUAACCAGUUUAAUCUCAGACUCCCCACAUGUGACCACUUUGGGUCCAUAUUUACAUUAUAUUCACCGAAUUAAUUAACAAGGUUAAGAAAGUCCCUUUGACACUAACAUGUGGCACAUUAGGAAGAUAUCUUAAUCAAAUCACUGCAUGCAAAUAGUAAUCAGUCACAGAACACGUUGUUGUACUUAGUUGGGUUACAGCUAAUGAAUGAAUAGUCAUAUUAGUAAACCUGGACUUUCAUUUGGAACUGUUCAAAUAAAGUUUGUGAAAUUGUU